CGGCAAGCUUGUGACUGCCAUGAUGGGCAACUUGCCAGAGCUUCAAGAGCAAGAUCCAGGUGUCAAGCAGAUGGAGUGGACCGACAAGUACGGCGGCGUCGUGAGCUAUCGCGGCAUGAUCGGUACUCGCCGUCUGCUCGUUUCAGAUCCAAAAGCUCUGCAGCAUGUCCUUAUGAACUCGUACAACUUUCCCAAGCCUGCUGGCCUGCGUGCUGCGCUAGCCAACAUCCUCGGCGAAGGUGUCCUCACCGCUGAAGGACAUAAGCACAAGAUCCAACGCAAGAUGGUCAAUCCUACCUUCAACAACGCCUCGGUCCGCCAGUUCACGCCCGUCUUCAAUCGCCACGCUCGUGCACUCGUCAAGGCCGUCGACGAGCUCUACCACAACAAAGAUCACGAGGCUCUCUCGCCAGCAACGGACCGUCUUCAGGGCGCCUUCCGCAAACGCAAUCUAGGCACCGUAAUCGACGUGCUCCACUGGACCUCGCGCACUACCCUCGACGUCAUCGGCGAGACGGCAUUCUCCUAUGACCUGGCGGCUCUCAAGAGUGGCGAGAACGGUACGGCAAUCGCAGCCUCCUUCAACAAGAUGAUGACCCACGUUGGGGAGCUCACCAUCAAGGAGCGUGCGCUGCUUCACAUCGAGCAAUUCUCCUUCUUCGAUGGUCACCGCCCUCUCAAGACCUCGUUCAACAAGUCGGCCAUCGACACGCAAAAGACGGUAGAGGACGUAGCUGGCCGCAUGAUCGACGAACAGAAGAAAGCCCAGGUCGUCGAGGAGUCGGACCUCCUCAGCGGCAUUCUCGCCUGCAAUGAAGACCCCAAAGUGCCCGCUUCGCAGCGCAUGUCCCGCCGCGAAGUCCUUGGACAGCUCACCACGCUCAUCCUGGCCGGCCACGAGACGACGUCUACCUCCCUCACCUGGACGCUGUGGGCCCUCGCUACCCACCCUGAGAUCCAGACGAGGCUACGUGACGAGAUCAAGGACUUCUGGUGCGAUGUCGAUGACGACCUCCUCUUCGACGAGAUCCACGAGCUCGAGUACCUCGACCGUGUCACCUCGGAGACUCUGCGCCUUCACCCUCCUGUUCACUCGACGAACCGUGAGCCGGCCAAGGACGGGUACAUUCCCCUCUCCAAGCCUAUCAGGCAGGCUGACGGCACGCUCACUGACCGCGUGCUUGUGAGCAAAGGCCAGCCUCUGAUCCUCAGCGUCGUGGUCUAUAACCGCCGCAAGGACAUCUGGGGCGAAGACGCCAUGGAGUUCAAGCCGGACCGUUGGCUCAACCUCCCCGAGGCCGUCACCAAGUCGGGCAUCCCGGGUGGACACCUCGCCUUCAUCUCUGGGCCGAGGAAUUGCGUGGGCAGCAAGUUCGCCCUGACCGAGUUCAAGGUCAUCCUUGCUCACCUUCUAAGAAGAUUCGAGUUCAUGCCACUGCCAGAGGACCUGGUGGAUAUCUCAAGCAAGCAGAUCAUCGUUACCAGGCCGAGGGUCAAGGGACUCGAGAGUGAGGGGACACAGAUGCCUCUGCUCAUCAAGCCCAUUAAGGAGGCAUAAGCCCACGACGACUCUGGAUCGAUGCACCCGCUCUCUUACCUGAUUCGUACCAAAACUCAUUCAUAGACUACCUAGCAUUGUCUUCCUUUGGAAGGCGGACUCGUCGUCUUCGGCUUCUUCAUUCACGCACCGCCUCUUCAUUAGACCUUUGAGUGUCUCUGUAUCAUCUACUCAUGCUCGGCUUCUCUUCUUUUCUUUUGUCUCUCAUUGCUUCAAUCAGGAUCAGGUAGCGCAGCGCAAUUGCCUCACUGCUUUUCCUUGC